AUGGGCUUUGUGGACUCAUACACCACCUACAUCGGUGCAUACCAGUCGGAAUUCUUGUUGGAUGAGACGGAAAUCCCUUUUAUCCUCUCCUACCUCUGCAACGAGGCUGGCACAAGCUGCGCUGCCUCAAGAUGGGCAAUGAACUGGAAACAGCGCAACUUCGAAAGCCUCAAUGGAGUAAAGGCUGGGGUCACCUCAGCAACCUUCUUGGAGGAGCUUCAGAGGGCCUUUGGGGACACCAACACAGAACAAGUCGCUGCCGCUCGACUCAUGGCCCUAUGCCAGAACAAACAAUCCUUUGCGGAUUAUAUCUCCGACUUCAAGAUGCUGGCCACAGACGCAGGGUACAAUGUGGUCACCACCACCGACGACAAGGGCGAGUAUAAGAAGGGGGACCAAGACAACAUCCUCAUCAAGUUCCUCGAGCGCGGACUCAGUAGCGAGAUCACCAGUCGCCUCUGCAACACGGGUGUCCCUCUGCCCAAGGCGUAUGGUGCCUUCAAGGACUGGUGCAUCAACAUCGAGGCAAACACUCUGCACAAUCAGCUGCGCAAAGCGUCGUAUGGGCAUCCCACGCCACGACCACCUCCCCAAUUCCGCCCUCAGGCUGCUCCAACGACGCCUGCACCCGCUCCGGCCUGA